UUUAAGCUUCUCUCCUUCUCUCUCCUGUGUCUCUCUUUUACUAGUUCUCUGGUUUUUUUUUAAGAGGGAGAGUGAUGGAGUUUGAAUGUUGACCAGUUCCAACGAUCGCAUGGCCGAGAUUUGUUACGAGAACGAGUCAGGGAUGAUGAAAACGACGUCCACGGUGGUUAAGAAGACGACGCCGACGACGAAGAAGCGAGAACGGAGCUCUUCUCAAGCAGCGAGGAGACGGAGAAUGGAGAUCCGACGGUUUAAGUUUGUCUCCGGCGGCGAACAAGACGACGUAUUCGUCGACGGCGAGGUUCAGAAGCGGAGGAGACGAGAAUCAGCCGUCGCGUCCGCCGUGAUCUACGAGCUAGCGAAGACCGAAACGGCGAAGGAGGUUGUCGUUUUAUGCGAGUCUCUGAGUUCUACUGUGGUGGCAUUGCCUGAUCCAGAGGCUUAUCCUAAAUACGGCGUCGCUUCAGUCUGCGGAAGAAGACGGGAAAUGGAAGACGCCGUUGCUGUGCAUCCGUUUUUCUUCCGUCAACAAACGGAAUAUUCCUCCUCUUCCGGGUUUCUCUACUGCGGCGUUUACGAUGGCCAUGGCUGUUCUCAUGUUGCGAUGAGAUGUAGAGAGAGGCUGCACGAGCUUGUGCGGGAGGAGUUUGAGGCUGAUGCUGACUGGGAAAUGUCAUUGGCGCGUAGCUUCACGCGCAUGGACUUGGAGGUCGUGGCGUUGAACGCCGGUGGUGCGGCGAGUUGCCGGUGCGAGCUUCAGAGGCCCAACUGCGACGCCGUGGGAUCUACGGCGGUUGUGUCCGUCCUCACGCCGGAGAAAAUCGUCGUGGCGAACUGUGGAGAUUCCCGUGCCGUUCUCUGCCGUAACGGAAAACCCAUUGCUUUGUCUUCCGAUCAUAAGCCGGACCGUCCGGACGAGCUAGACCGGAUUCAAGCAGCGGGUGGUCGGGUUAUCUACUGGGAUGGCCCACGUGUCCUCGGAGUACUUGCAAUGUCACGAGCCAUAGGUGAUAACUAUUUGAAGCCGUACGUUAUCAGCAAACCGGAAGUAACCGUAACGGACCGGGUCAACGAAGACGAUUUCCUUAUACUAGCAAGCGACGGUCUUUGGGACGUUGUCUCAAACGAAACUGCAUGCAACGUCGUUCGGAUGUGUUUGAGAGGAAAAGUCAACAGUCAAUUACCAGCUUCACCGGAAAGGGAUGUUGCCGGCGCCGGAAAUGUGGUGGUCGGAGGAGGAGAGAUGCCGGAUAAAGCGUGUGAGGAAGCGUCUAUUUUGCUGACGAGGCUUGCACUGGCUAGACAAAGUUCUGACAACGUAAGUGUUGUAGUGGUUGAUCUUCGAAGAGACGCGUAGUUGUUUCUUGUCUCUCUCUCUCUUGCGCGCAAUGUUUGUUUUUUGUCCUGAGUCGUCGACUUUUGGGCUUUCUCUUUUAACAUUUUCUUUUUGCUCUUCGUUGUAAGACGAAGGGUUUUAAUUUUAGCUUGACUUUGGGUAUGGUCACUGUGUAAGUGAAUAGCGGUUUAGAUCUUAA